AUAGAUCUCGAGCUGGCGGCUGAGAUCGGCAAAAAUCUUCUGGAACGAAACAAAGAACUGGAAGUAAUGUUGAAGUCGUCACAUCACUAUCUCGAGGAGCAGUCCAUUAAAAAUGAGGUAAAGAAACUGAAAUAUUCUUUAUGCUUUUAGCGAUGAAAUUUGCUUGUUUUUCAUUCUUGAUCACGUUCUUCUAUCUCCCAGAUUAUAUUCUUACUGGCUCAAUAUACGGUAAUCGCAUAGAUUGAACGCGUGUCUAAUUUGAGAAAGUGGUGGGAAGCAGAGAGAGAAAAGAAAAGAAGUAACUGACCAGAGAAAGACAGUUUAGCCACCCAAAAUUCGAACGGAUUUAUUCGCUCGAACCUUUGAAUUAAGUUGAUAAAAUUUCCGAAAAAAAUUAAACGCCAUUUUGAUUUUUACCUCCGCGUAAGACUGGGGAGGAAAGAAAUCUAUGCUAAGCGGGGGAGCGACGGUCAAAAUUAGGGAGAGGGGAGGAAAUGGGUCACUCCCCCUUACCCCACCGUGCACGUCAACUCUGAAUCAAACAUGCCCGGUCGAAUAAACGAUUGCGAGCUUGUAACUUCAACUCACCCCGUUUGAAGUACACCCAAGCGGAAUAUUAGUACUCCUGGUUGGCGCUUCAUAUUAGGAAAGCGAGAGCGAGCGCAGGCGACUUAGCGACUCAGUCCCGUACCUCGCCCAGGGAAGUCACCCCCCUUCCCCCCAAGCGUUGCGUGACACUCUAAAGACUAUCCCGUAUGUAUACGCUACUUAGGGGAGAAGAAAGAUUUUUCUACAAUUACUUAAUUUGUGUAAAUGAUUAAAAGUGGAAAUUAAUCUUUUCUUAUAAUAAUCAAUGCGCGCUCGUAAUAUAUGUAACUGUUUUGAAAUCUUCAGUUUCUUUCCAAACAACUGGAAACAUUGCGGGAAUUGCAUGAUGGUCAAGUGAAGGCUUGUGAACAAAUGGAAUCCACUGCUUUGGAACUACAGAAUACUAACAAGGAAUUACAAAGUGAGACUGCGGUUAUGAGAAAACGCUACCAAACGCUUGUGCAAACCGUGGACUCCUUGGAAAAUAAGUGCGAUGAGUACAGGGUGCAGUUAGAAGAGCUCCAAAUAGAACGAAUGAGACUUCAGAGGGAGAUGGCCAACAGUCUGUCUCUCAAACUCACUCAGAAGGAGAAUGGGUACGAGUUAGGCAGCGACAACGAGUCUGAUCACACCGAAAAAGACGAGGCAGUUUUAGGUUUUAAGAAAGAUAUUGAAAUUCUCAACGAUAGGAUUAUGAAGUUGAAAAGACAACAUUCUGUUGAGAAGCGUCGAAGGGAAGAACUCGAGGUUGAACUUUCGGAUUUGAUUCACGAAAACCAAACACUUGAUCGGGAGCUUUGUCAUUUUGCGCAACAAGCAAAAUUGUGGCAAGAGCUUGAGAAUGAGACCUCUUGUCUGGCUUUGUCAGUCGAUAGUGACUCGGCACAUACUCGGCAAAUAUCGGAAAGCGUCGAAAAUAUCAGCUUGGUUGACGAUGACUCGUUUGUUCUUAUAGAUGAAGAACUGAAUCGCCAAAGCAGCGCUAUGUCGGAUCAAAGCGAGGUUGAAGUUUUAAGUCCGUCGCAUGAGGCGAAGUCUCCUCUCAAAGAGAACAGCACAUCGUUUUUGUCAGAGCUUGGAAGCCAAUAUCACGAGCUUGUUAGGAAAUACGACUCUCUGGUUGAGAGAUGCAAAAGCGAAGGAAUUGUUCAAGAUAUAGCUCCGAUUCCGACAGUACAGCGUGCGAUUCAAACUUCGCCACUGGACGAGGAACCCGACGUUCGAUUUGAAGAAAUAGGUUCACAAAAUAUUUCACGGCAAAACAGCUUAUCAGGGAACGGAAGGGAAUACAAGCAACUCUUCGCACAAAUCUACUCCAAAAUAGAGGAAUCCAAAACUUUUAAACCGGCAGACAGAAGCGAAACUAAGGAGUGA